UGUGCGAAAAAAAAGAGCAUAUGUAGCGACUCUCUGCAAUUGCCAAGCGGCACGUCGCUUCCUUCAUCUUCCCGGCCGGUGCGGUGCAUACGGCGCAACCAGAUCUCACGGCGAGGCCGAGCUAACCGCCUCCGAGGAUCCGCGCAAACCCCCAACCGCCGUACGCACCGCAGCAGCGGCGGCGGAGGAGCAUGGAGAGCUCGUCGCCUUCGGUGCCGUUCCCGCUGCUGCAGGCGCCAGUGGAGAGCACGUACCGUGCCUGCACCAUACCCUACCGCUUCCCCUCCGACAACCCCCGCAAGGCCACCCCCGUCGAGAUCCAGUGGAUCGACCUCUUCCUGAAGUCCGUGCCAUCCUUCAGGCAGCGGGCGGAGAAUGACCCCACGGUGCCGGAUGCCCCCGCCAAGGCCGAGAAGUUUGCUCAGAGGUACACUGAUAUGCUUGAGGAGUUGAAGAAGAACCCAGAGAGCCAUGGAGGACCUCCUGAUUGCAUACUUCUUUGUAGGCUUCGUGAGCUAAUCCUUAGAGAAUUGGGGUUUCAUGACAUCUUCAAGAAGGUCAAGGACGAGGAGAACGCUAAGGCUAUGUCACUGUUUGAGGGAGUUGUUCAGCGGAAUGAUGAAAUAGAAGACGGUGAGAAACGAGCAGAGAACUUGAUCCGUGGAAUCUUAGCAGGAAACAUAUUUGACCUAGGGUCUGCACAGCUUGCAGAAGUUUUUGCUAAAGAUGGUAUGUCCUUCUUGGCGAGUUGCCAGAAUCUUUUAUCUCGACCUUGGGUUAUUGAUGACCUAGAUGCAUUUAAAAGCAAAUGGACCAAGAAAUCUUGGGAAAAGGCAGUUAUUUUUGUUGAUAAUUCUGGUGCUGAUAUCAUAUUGGGCAUAUUACCAUUUGCGAGGGAGUUGCUCCGACGUGGCACUAAGGUGAUACUUGCUGCCAAUGACAUGCCUUCCAUCAAUGAUAUCACUUACCUAGAGUUGGUUGAGAUUGUAAACAAGCUCAAGGACGAAAAUGGAAAGCUUGCAGGUGUGGAUGUAUCCGACCUCAUUGUUGCCAACUCCGGGAACGAUCUGCCAGUAAUAGAUUUGUCUAGCGUCGCACCGGAACUAGCCUAUAUGGCAAGCGAUGCUGACUUGGUCAUCCUAGAAGGCAUGGGAAGAGGAAUCGAAACCAACCUGUACGCACAAAUGAAAUGUGACUCGAUCAAGAUUGGAAUGGUCAAGCAUCCUGAAGUGGCGCAGUUUUUGGGUGGAAGGCUUUAUGAUUGUGUCUUCAAGUUCAACGAGGCCUGAAAAACUCUGAAGCCCCUGCAUGGCACCAACCACAUUGCAUUCAUUUUAAUCAUUGAUUACUGAUGCAAUCCUACACUGAACGUAUGCGUCCACGAUGAUAGCAAGUGGAAGAAAUUACAAUUCGCUUGUUGUAGUGUGAGGGAGAACAAUUUUUAUGGCAGAUGUGUCAAAACACCCCUUUCUAUGCUUCAGGUUAAUAAUAUAAGUGUAAAUUGA